AUGGUCGGAAAUCAUUCUGUGGUCAUCCUCGCCGUUUCUUGGACGGAAACAUGCAUUGGCCUAUUCUUUUUCGGCCUUCGGUUUCUGAGUAACUGGAAAUUCGUUGGGCGGUUUAGAUGGGAUUUUGCUGUCGCUGGUUUGACCGUGGCGACCGAGGCUACUGCUCAGGUCUUCCUGCAGUUGUCAGUCAAUGCUGGGAUGGGCCGUCACUUGGAUAGUCUGUCAGACACGCAGAUAGUCACAGCGCUGCACUGGUCAUGGGUAUUCCAGUUACUAGCGAUCGCAGCCAGUAUGCUGGGAAAGUUGGCGAUUCUCGCCUUCCUUGUCCAGAUUCGUGGUCGUCACGAGAAAAAGCCGUGGUUCUUGAUUAUUCUGGGUGGUCUCAUUGGAGCAGUUAACAUCGCUGUCCUCGGAACGAUUCUGGGUCAAUGUAGGCCAAUGCACAAAUUGUGGGACGAUAGUGUAGAAGGAACAUGCGACCCGGGGCGCAAAAUGAACCAGAACUAUUCCUUCUUCCAGGCUAGCUUCAACGCAUUUAGCGACAUCCUGUUGGCACUGUAUCCAGUUCAUCUCUUUUGGAAGCUCCAGAUGAAGCUGCGGAUCAAGAUCGCCUUGUCUAUUCUCAUGGGGUUGGGUUGGAUAGCGGCAGUUUGCUCCGCUGUCAAGACGUAUGAGCUCAAGGCAUUGACCGAAACAACAGAUAUUACCUGCAAACGCUCAAUCCGACCUCCUCAUCUGGGCCUCGACAGAAGCUUGGAUCGUCGUCAUCGUCGGCUGCGUACCACCAAUCCGACCACUCAUGGAAAAGGUGCUGCAGCAACUGGGUUUCACCUCAAAGAAACCCUCGACUCCCUACCAGUACCGCAACUCGAGCGGAUACGCAGCAUAUGGCACAAACAAGUCCAACCCGAUGAGCCACUCCAACUUUCAGUCCAACGCAUACGGGGGAGGAAGCCAUUUGACGAUGACCCGGACUGGAUCGAGCUCAGCACAUCUGCUGGGACGAAUGGAAGUGAGGAACACAUUGUCAAUGGGCCGAAGGAUGUUGUGAUUAGAACUGAAAUUGAGACCCGUUUCGAGGAUGUGGAGGGUCAGCCGUCAGGAGAUUGUAGUAUCUCUGCCAAGGGUUCGCUCCAUGGGCGUCGUCAGGAUGCCCGAAAGGUUGUUUAA